UUUUCCCCACUUCACUACUACUACUACCUUAAACCCACUACUACUAUACUUUUAGUUUUAUCUUUCCUUUCACAUUCAGUUCUGUUUUACUAUCUUACUUGUUUUUUCUCACUCCCUAUGGACCGUACUGACAAGCAGCAGCAGCAGCAGUUAUCCUUAGCCAAGGGUACAAGGCAAAGAUACAAUGAAUGGUUUGUUUCAUGCUUUCUCACGGUCCUUUUUCUGAUGAUUUUUCGCGAUGUACCAAGUGAUAUAACUAUCGAAGUGAAUGGAGGCACGUUUUCAUUACACAAGUUUCCUCUUGUCUCCAGAAGUGGGAGAAUAAGGAGGUUAGUUGCAGAACACAGGGAUUCUGAUAUCUCAAGAGUUGAGCUUCUUCAUCUACCAGGAGGUGCUGAAUGCUUUGAGUUGGCAGCCAAAUUUUGUUAUGGUAUUAAUUUUGAGAUUACAUCAACAAAUGUUGCUCAGCUAUGUUGUGUCUCUGAUUACCUUGAAAUGACUGAAGACUUUUCAAAAGACAACCUUGGUUCGCGUGCUGAGGAAUAUCUUGAUAGUAUAGUUUGCAAGAAUCUUGAAAUGUGUGUUAUAGUCUUGCAACAAUGUGAGAGCCUUCUUCCUCUUGCUGAUGAGCUGAAAGUAGUUAGCCGCUGCAUUGAUGCAAUAGCCUCAAAAGCAUGUGCAGAGCAAAUAGCUUCUAGUUUCUCGAGAUUAGAGUAUAGCAGCUCAGGAAGGUUACAUAUGAGUAGGCAAGCCAAAUGUGAUGGUGACUGGUGGAUAGAAGAUCUUUCUGUUCUGAGAAUUGAUAUGUACCAAAGAGUCAUAACAGCCAUGAAAUGUCGUGGAGUGCGGCCGGAAAGCAUUGGUGCUUCCCUUGUGAAUUAUGCACAGAAAGAAUUAACAAAGAAAUCCAGCUUGUGGAAUCCAUCUAGUCAGACUAAGGUUGAUUCAAAUUCCACUCUGCAUGAAAAGCUUGUGGUUGAGACCAUUGUUAGCCUUUUGCCUGUUGAGAAACUUGCUGUUCCAAUCAAUUUCCUUUUUGGGCUUCUGCGAAGCGCAGUGAUGCUUGAUUGUGCAAUUGCUUCUAGACUUGACUUGGAAAGAAGGAUUGGAUCACAGCUAGAUGUUGCCACUCUUGAUGACAUUUUGAUUCCAUCUUUCAGGCAUGCAGGUGAUACCUUGUUUGAUGUUGACACAGUUCAUAGAAUUUUAGUAAACUUCUGUCAGCAGGAUGAUAGUGAAGAAGAUCCAGAAGAUGCUUCUGUUUUUGAAUCCGACAGCCCUCGUUCGCCCUCCCAAACUGCACUAGUUAAAGUUUCAAAACUAGUGGACAACUACUUAGCUGAAAUUGCCCCUGAUGCAAACCUCAAACUUUCUAAGUUUAUGGUCAUUGCAGAAACCUUGCCAGCUCAUGCACGCACUGUUCAUGAUGGCUUAUAUCGAGCAAUUGAUAUUUACUUAAAAGCUCAUCAAGGUUUGUCAGAUUUGGACAAGAAGAAAUUAUGCAAGUUGAUUGAUUUUCAAAAGCUUUCUCAAGAAGCUGGAGCACACGCUGCGCAAAAUGAGCGCCUUCCUCUCCAAUCAAUAGUGCAAGUUCUAUAUUUUGAGCAACUAAGACUUAGAAAUUCUUUGUCCUGCUCCUAUGGGGAAGAUGACCCCAAGCCAAUACACCAGUCUUGGCGCAUAAGUAGUGGCGCACUAAGUGCAGCAAUGUCUCCACGAGACAACUAUGCAUCGUUGAGACGCGAAAACCGUGAGCUUAAACUUGAAUUGGCUCGACUAAGAAUGAGACUAAAUGAUUUAGAGAGGGAACACGUUUGCAUGAAGAGGGAUAUGGCUAAGUCUGGAUCACGCAAGUUUAUGAGUUCUUUCUCCAAAAAAAUUGGUAAGCUUAGUCUCUUUGGUCAUAGUUCUUCUAGAGGAUCAAGUUCUCCAUCCAGGAAUUCUCAAAGAACAGAUUCAAAGGUGAUCGAGAGAACCUGUGCUAGCACAGAAUAGGCAAUUGUGUAGCUUCCAUUUUUCUUUUGUUUAUCUGUCACUGUAUUCACGAGGAAAGUGUAAGUUAUGCUCACGGUGACAUAUUUUCUUCUUUUUGUUGUCUUUCGUCCCCUUUUUUGCCACCUUUAUGUUAGUAUAAUUAGGAGGCUCCUCUUGCUUGCAGGUUCAGUUUUGGGGGAUUGCUUCAUUAACUUUGUUUGACUAUGAUAUUAUGUAUAAAAUGUUGACACGAAAGUGUAGUCAAAUGUUGACAUGAUCUCACGUCGAUUAGUGAUAUGUCCAAAGAAGUGUAUAUAAGUGAGGGAGAGUCCUUAUUAUAGAAGCUGGUUUUGUAGAGUUGAAUUAA